CAAAUGUGAAGUAAGAUUGAGAGCUUUAAGAGUUGCAAGUAUCUAGCAAGAUCUCUAUAAAAAUGGGCCCCACUUUCCAUUCUUAUAACACGAUCAAGCCGGAUGGAGAAUGGAAUCGAACCAUUCUUAUGGAUAUACAUAUCCACUCAAAUUCGCCGCGCUUUUCUCGCUGCUCUAACCUCUUCCCUCCGCCACCAUCCAUUGUUGUCCAUAAAUAGCUUCUCCAUUGAUGCCCUGCAAAGAUAUUGAAAUGGACAACAAUCGUAAGUUUAAUCUUUCGCAAAUCCAUUUGCUCUGAUCUCUGAGAUCCGGAGAUCGUCCUCCAUGUCCAAAGCCCGAGUCUACGCCGAUAUCAACGAGCUCCGUGAGAAGGAGUAUUGGGACUACGAUUCUCUCGUCGUGCAGUGGGGGGAUCAGGAUGAUUAUGAGAUCGUUAGGAAAGUUGGAAGAGGAAAAUACAGUGAGGUCUUUGAAGGCAUUACGGCUUACACUAAUGUGCGCUGCAUCAUUAAAAGCCUCAAACCUGUUAAGAAAAGGAAGAUAAAGAGGGAGAUUAAAAUACUUCAAAAUCUUUGUGGUGGCCCCAAUAUUGUGAAGCUUCUUGAUAUUGUCAGAGACCAGCAUUCUAAAAUUCCAAGCCUGAUAUUUGAAUAUGUGAACAACUUGGAUUUCAAACUCUUGUAUCCGUCAUUCACAGAUUAUGACAUACGCUACUAUAUUUAUGAACUGCUCAAGGCAUUAGAUUAUUGCCACUCACAAGGAAUCAUGCACCGAGAUGUUAAGCCUCAAAAUGUCAUGAUAGAUCAUGAGCAUCGAAAACUGCGCCUGAUAGAUUGGGGCCUUGCUGAAUUCUAUCACCCUGGAAAAGAGUACAAUGUUCGUGUGGCUUCAAGAUAUUUUAAGGGACCUGAACUCCUUGUUGAUUUCCAACAUUAUGACUACUCCCUAGACAUGUGGAGCCUUGGUUGCAUGUUUGCUUCUAUGAUAUUUCGUAAGGAUCCAUUUUUCUAUGGAGUUGGCAAUAAUGACCAGCUUGUUAAAAUUUCCAAGGUUCUUGGAACAGAUAAGUUAUGUGCUUAUUUGAAGAAAUAUAAACUGGAACUUGAUCCCGAACUAGAAGCUAUGGUUGGAAGGCACAGCAGGAAGGCGUGGUCAAAGUUUAUAAAUUCUGACAACCAGCAUCUUGUUUCUGCUGAGGCAUUAGAUCUUCUUGACAAGGUUCUUCGAUAUGAUCAUCAGGAACGGCUAACCGCGCGAGAAGCGAUUGCACACUCCUAUUUCUCACAGAUAAGAGCUGCUGAGGAUCGCAGGACGCGCAAUUAAUAACGGAGCUGGAGUUAAAUCACUUCAUUUCUUUUUUCUAAAUAUUUAUAUUUUUUUAUUUAAUUGGGUUAUUUAUGUCAUUUGAUACUUAUUCAAUUGUAUUUGGGGUAUUCCGGAUUUGAAAAGGCAUUGCAUUUUAAUUGAGA